CUUAGACGGAUUGCGCGUCAUCUCGCCUUCCCAAAUUUUCUCCUUCUGCAGCUCGAAUCCAAAACAUCAUAUCUGUAGUACGGACUACAGGAGAAAGAUGUUUAACUCUGUUAAUCUGGGCAACUUCUGCUCCCAGACGCGUAAAGACCGGACGUCCGAGUUCGGGGACAGGACUGGCUGUGCCUCCAACAUCUACCUCCCCAGCUGCACCUACUACGUUCCCGAAUUUUCCGCCGUCUCUUCGUUCCUUCCGCAGGGGCCCUCGCGACAAAUCACAUACCCUUAUUCCACAAAUCUAUCUCAAGUGCAACCGGUGCGAGAUGUUUCCUACGGUCUGGACCCCUCCAGCAAGUGGCACCACAGAACCAACUAUGCAUCGUGCUACUCAGGAGAAGAUCUGGUGCACAGAGACUGUCUUCCGCCAUCCACCAUGACAGAAAUGCUCAUGAAAAACGAGAGCGUGUACAGCCACCACCACCACCACCACCAGCAUCACCCGAACUCUAGCCACCCGUCCACUGGUUUCUACACCGGCGUAGGGAAAAACAACGUGCUCCCUCAAGGCUUUGACCGCUUUUUUGAAACCGCCUAUUGUAGCACGGACAAUCAGUCAGAACAUUGUUUACAAAAGAGCGAGAUGAACAAAUUAGAGACUCCGUCCCAGCAACCCACAGCUGUUUCCGCAGCGCAGGAGCCGGAAAAGGACGCGGAGGAUGAGGAGGAACACACAAAUUCGGGCUCGUGCACUUCAGCAGCUGCUAAGGACGGCAACGCAGGCAAGAGCAGCCAUUCGAGUACCCCGCGCACAAGAAAGAAGAGAUGUCCCUACUCCAAGUUUCAGAUUCGUGAACUGGAACGAGAGUUUUUCUUUAACGUUUACAUCAACAAGGAGAAAAGGCUGCAGCUGUCCAGAAUGCUAAACCUCACUGACAGACAAGUCAAGAUAUGGUUUCAGAAUCGCAGAAUGAAAGAAAAGAAAUUGAGCAGAGAUCGCCUGCAGUAUUUCUCUGGGAACCCGCUCUUGUAAUCGUCGAAAUGGCGUUGCUUUUUAUUUAAUAUUCUGCAGACGAAAAUUACGUAUGUCUAAAAAAUGCCCACCGAGCUAAAUAAAUCGUCGGAAAUGUGUUUGUUACGGCCAGAAACAGUAUUAAACACUGUUAGUCGUGUUUUUUUUUGGGGGGGGGUAACAGUAUUGUAAUGGCUGAGGGUGGGGAGAGAAUGCAAAUUUGCUUAUUUGUCAAAUUAAACCGGCAUUUCUAGUUUGUGAUUCACAAACUAAAACGUACACCUCACAAGUUUAUUUUUAUUUUAUUUUUUUUUAUGUACGUGACGCAUCUUUUUGAGUGAAACGUUUAAAAUCUUCACUUUGAAAAUAGUCACAAAAUAGCCUACUAUAAUAUAUUAUAAAAUUGUACCAUCUAUCCUUUUAUGGUUGUAUAUAUGUACAUUAAAGCUCACACACUCGACUCUGGUUCGAAUCUGGAGAUGUCAUGCUCUUCUUUUUUUUUAUGUGUUCACCAUUUAGAACUGUGACUUGUACAAUCUGUAAUAUUGUAUUCCUUGUACAGAGAUUAUGCAUUGUGCAUUCGUGAAUGUAAAUAUAAUGUUAUUUUGAGUACCCUCGCCCUAUCCCUGCUGCUAUUUUUCUUUACAUUGCGUUUGCAGCCUUGUGAGCUUUGUCGUUUAAAUUAUUUGCUGUACCCCCAAAGUUCUCGUUCAUUUCGGAGGGCUAACCCGGCGACCCCGUUUGGCCUGUGUACUGCAUAUUAAUCAAAAAUAA